AAAAUAGUAUUAAUAAUGCAAUUUCAAUUUUUCAGAAGAGAAAUCACGAUCCACAUACCAUAUUUUGUUUUUUUGUGCUUCUGGGCAGUGUAUGUUUUCUCUGGAUUUCGAUUCUUCAGCACCAUCCGUUAGCGAAAGAGUGAGAAAUCUUUGCAAUUUCCUGGAAGCAAACCAAUGUUUGGUAGUGGCGGUGGUGCUAGUGGUGGAGGAGGAGGAGGAGGAGGAGGAGGCAGCGUUUAUUGGGGAAGGAAGGGACAUGAAUUCAAGGGAAUUGUGGUAAUUUUUGCUUGGAUUUCACUUCCUGAUAAUCACUUGAAGAGCUACGUGGAUUUGUACUCCUCUCUUGGUUGGAAUUCGCUUGUUUCUCAUGCCGAUUUCCUCAGCGGAUUUUUUCCUGAAAAGGCCUUGUCGCUUGCAUAUAUUCUCCUUAAUGAGCUUGUUAAGGUGAUAAGGAUUAGACCAUGUCCAAUUACUUUUGCUGCUUUUUCUGGUGGUUCCAAAGCUUGCAUGUACAAGGUUUUCCAGAUCAUUCAAGAAACAUGUGAUGGUCAUGGUAAUCUGGGUGAAAGCCGAUUGCUCAGGGAUUGUGUUUCUGGGCAUAUCUAUGACUCUAGUCCAGUUGAUUUUACAAGUGAUUUGGGUGCCCAAUUUGCUCUUCCCCCUGCCAUUCAAAAGAUGCCUGGUCCAUCGAAACUUGUGUCUUGGUUUGCAAAAGGCAUUACUUCUGGUUUAGAUGGUUUAUAUCUUACCAGGUUUGAAUCCCAGCGUGUUGAGUACUGGCAGACUCUUUACUCUUCAGUUGACUUUGGGGCUCCAUAUCUAAUCCUAUGCUCAGAGAAUGAUCACCUUGCACCUUACAAGUGUAUCCACAGAUUUGCUAAACGCCUACAAGAUCUUGGGGGAGAUGUGAAGCUUGUGAAGUGGAAUGUUUCUCCUCACAUCGGUCAUUACAAGCAUAAUCCAAUCCAAUACAGGGCCGUUGUCACCGAUUUCCUUGAGAAGGCUGCUUCAGUUUAUUCUCGAAGAAUCCAACAACUUAGAGAGGGUGUUGGCUUGGAUAGUAUGCAUGAUGAGAUAUCUGAAUUAGUUUGCAACCUUCAGAAAGCGGCAGUUAACUCAAACCAAAGCUUAAGAAGUGUUGCAGUUGGACCAGGUGACCAUUUCUUUGUUCCAACUUCAGCAGAAUAUCAAAGUAAUAGAGAGUCUGAACCCUCACAAGAUGGAAGAAAAGAAACGUCUGUUUAUCUGCGCCCCUCUCCCAGCAUCAAUGCAAAUAGUAUUCUUGGGCAAAUGCUCUUUGAUGUUUGUGUCCCCAAGAACGUUGAAGGUUGGGACAUCAGAUUUUCAGGUUCUCUGAAUGGACAGCCAAUUGCUUCUGCCAGAAGGCAAUCACUUCUUCAUGGUAUCAAACUCCCUCGUCGCUCAAAAUUAUAAUUACAUAUGGAUUAAUCUUGACUGGAAAUCCUACGAUUGGUUGUACAUGCACGCAUCAAAAGCCUGGAGAUGACAAGCAAGACUGAACCCUCUGAAUUCUGCGCAAAGAAGGUUGGUAAAUGAGAUACAAUGGUGUCGUCUUUUGACAUUUUAUGCGACUAUCGAGUCAUAUAUCUUUUUCACUUGCUUCUGGGCUAUUCCUCUGGGAUGAAGUGUACAGGUAGAACAAGAAGCUGAUGGCAUGUAUAUAGUGAAAUAAAUGCUUGACAGAGGUGGCUUUUGUUUUGUACCAUGUUAUGAGAACAAUCAACAUAGGUGGUCAGGUAGGCCAUGUUCCUACCAAGAGAAAAGCAAAGACCAUGCUAAAACUUGUCCCUUAGAAAUGGGUUUCUUAGUGCUAUGAUCAGAUGUUAGGACGGUGAGCUUUCUGCAGCGUAGUGGAAAAUGUGUAAAUUUUUUUUGUA